CUUUAUUACGUUAAAGUUACUCAAAAUAUAAAGUAAUUUAUAAAGUUAUUUUAUCAUUUUGAAAAUUAUACUCGAUUUGACUUUGACAGUAUGACACGUCUUUUUUUCUUCGCAAGGUUGUCAACUUGCGUCGUGUUGGAAAAAUUUUACGUCGCUAUGUUCAGUCCAGUCAGAUCUCGAAAUAAAUAAAUUGAAUAUGGCUGAAGUCGAAGGACAUAAACAUCGAGAAACUGAUUACCAUGAGGGAGAAGGUAAAUUAUGUUAUGAUAUUUAUGGUUAGAGCGCGUGGUUAGUGAGUACCGCGGACGUCAGUGCGAAUCGGCUGCGUCGCCGAGCUACGUUACCCUCGUGUUACCUUUGUGACAUUGAAAUUGGGUUCUUUUUAUAAUUGCUGCGUGGAUUUGUGGUGCUGGGCCGCCAGGAGCGGAGUGUGCCGCCCGCCUGACGCGUUGAGUGGUACCGUUGGACGGACUGUAGUGAACAUGACCGGGGGCGCGGACAGGAGCCUCCACUCAGUAACAGAGAAGCCGACCCCGGCGCCUCGCAGCGGGCCGCACGGCGUGCAGGUGGUGAACACCGGCGCCGACCACACCUUCACCCUCGACGAGGACGUGCUCAAGGAGCUCCUGCUGCAGGAUGACAUCAAGGACCGGCCGGUCGUCGUACUGUCCGUCGCCGGCGCCUUCCGCAAGGGCAAGUCCUUCCUGCUCGACUUCUUCUUGCGUUAUUUGAAUCACAAGUAUGGGUCAGACGGCGGCAUGGACUGGCUGGGCGGCGACGAGGAGCCGCUGCGGGGCUUCAACUGGCGCGGCGGCUCCGAGCGCGACACCACCGGUAUACUCAUGUGGUCAGAGAUCUUCAAGGCCACGCUCGACAACGGAGAGAAGGUAGCGAUAAUCCUCCUGGACACUCAAGGUGCUUUCGACAGUGAGUCCACGGUGCGGGACUGCGCCACGAUCUUUGCGCUGUCCACCAUGGUGUCCUCCGUCCUCAUAUACAACCUCUCGCAGAAUAUUCAGGAGGACGACCUUCAGCAUUUACAGUUAUUCACGGAGUAUGGGCGACUCGCACUAGAAGACAGCGGGCGCACGCCCUUCCAAAGGCUACAGUUCCUGGUGAGGGACUGGAGCUUCCCCUACGAGGCGCCCUACGGGGCUGAGGGGGGGCGCGCCAUACUGCAGCGACGACUCAAGGUCUCGUCGAACCAGCACCCGGAGCUACAAUCCCUGCGCAAGCACAUAACGUCGUGCUUCUCCGAGAUAGCGUGCUUCCUCAUGCCGCAUCCCGGGAUCCGCGUCGCCACCAGCCAGGACUUCGAUGGCAGAGUUAAAGACAUCGAGAUGGAGUUCAAAUGCUCGCUGCAGCAGUUGGUGCCGAUGUUGCUGGCCCCGCAGAACUUGGUGCCGAAGCUCAUCAACGGGCAGAAGGUGCGCGCCAAGGACCUGCUCCAGUACUUCAAGUCCUACAUGAACAUUUACAAGGGAAACGAACUGCCCGAGCCUAAGAGCAUGCUUGUGGCCACAGCCGAAGCCAACAACUUAACAGCGGUAGCGGAGGCAAAGGAACUGUACACGAAGCUGAUGGAGGAGGUGUGCGGCGGGGCGAAGCCCUACCUGCAGACACAACUGCUGGAGGCCGAGCACUCACGUAUCAAGGACAAGGCGCUACACUCCUUCCACUCCAAACGCAAGAUGGGCGGCGACGAGUUUAGUCAGAGCUACUUCACCCAGUUAAUACAGGAUUUAGACGAGCAAUUUAACCAGUUCCGGGCGCAGAACGAGUCGAAGAAUAUAUUCAAGGCGGCGCGCACGCCGUCCGUGUUCUGUGCGCUGGCGCUCGUGUUCUACGUGCUCAGCGGAGUCUUCGGCCUCGUCGGGCUCUAUCCGCUCGCCAACCUCGCCAACCUCACCAUGGGCAUCGCACUGCUCACUCUAGUACUCUGGGCAUACAUCCGGUACAGCGGAGAGAUGCGCGAGAUUGGUGUCACAAUAGACGACAUCGCGAACCUACUGUGGGAGAACUUCAUGAAGCCGACGUACCAGGCGUGCAUCGAGAAGGGCAUGGAGCACGCGGCGGCGGCGGCGGCGGAGCGCGCGCUGGGGGGGGUGGGGGGCGCGGCGCCCGCACACAACGGGAAGCACAAGCUGUUGUGAUGGCGGCGCGGGCCUCCGCACUGCCGCCCGCCCGGCCCACUACUAGAUAAAUUUAAAGUAGCCUUUAUUUAGUGUACCGACCCACAAGGUCACAGCGAGUCCGACUGCUCACAUAUAGACACUGCACGCCCAUUUCAAACAAAUUCUUUUGUCUUGACAUCCCAAGAAUUUUACCUUAUUUUCGUCGAGACGUCUUUCUCGCUAUUGUAAUCAACUUCUCUUGAAAUAAUGUGGCUUUAAAGAAACUACAAACCACAGCAUACCUACAAGUGUUUACUCAUUACCCAAAAUCGAGCCAAUAGGAAAUGUUGUACAUACAAUUUCUAGACCAGUCGGACUCUAGUCACUAUGAUCGAAGAAUGUUCUAGUAACAGAAGUUUAGCCAGUAGGCCAUUAACGUGACCUGGUAUUGUGAAUAUGGUUAAGGGAACUUAGUUAAGAGCUGGACUAACUUAACUAGUUGUGGUGCGUUGACUAAAUUAGUUGACGCGUCUCGUACUGGGAGAAGGAUGAAAUAUGAUAAUAUUUGGCCAUCGGAUAAAUUAUUUUUGUACUUGUCAUAGCUCUCUUUGUUUUACUUCGCUGGUGAUUUGAGCGCUUGUAUCUAGUUCUAGUUGGGUAUUAAUCUAUGUAUUAGCCACUAUUAAUGCCCAUAAAGGUCCAGUUGUUGCGCAAACUACGCAAACUAAAAGUUCUUGCGCAAAGUAAAACUUUCCAUUACAGUAAAUUAUCUUAUUUCAUCCCGAUCUGUCUCGAUGAUUUAUAAAUAAAUUGUCGAAGUGACGAUUCUUAUGUUAUCAUGAUUUUAAACAACGAAAUGUUGAGCUUAAUUAAAUCCGCUGUAAGUAUAUUCUGUCCUAGUAUUUAUAUUCUGUGCUCAAUUUGUCUUAAUGCCAUCAUUUAAUGUUCCCGUGUCGUUAUUUAAAAUCAUGAAAGUCGUUGCGAAUUUAAAGUUUUAUUGUUGACGAACAGUGUUGUCUGUCAUUCAUGACACAUUUGUCUAACAUCAUUGUACGUUAUGCGAAACGUUUAUUUGUUUUAAUUAUUUCCUAAGUAAUGGCAAUAUUGCUCCCGGAUCCAGUGGGUAACCUACACGGAAAAUAUAACAAAAAAAUGUCACUGUAAUGUACGGAUAGAGAACCCUACGAUUGCCACAUGAAACAUUUGUGAUAAGUCUACGAAAUAUUUGAGAAAUAAGCAAAAUAUGAUAAAUUUUGCAUUUAUUCUAUUCGACAAGGUCCAAGUCACGGCGAGUGGCCGCGCGCGGUGCUCGCGGCGACGCUUCUUAUGGUUUAUACUAUUUACAAAGGAGGUAUAUAUAGGUUAUAUAAAGCAAUAAGGUAACAUAACAAAUUUAAUAGUAACAGUAACAGAGUAAUAAUCUUGUGUAAUUAUAGUAUCUAUGUAAAUGAUGCACAAAACAGGUUUUAUUUUGUCACGUUAGUCUCGAAGUAUACUCGUACACUCGUUGCCCUGCACUGUAUAAAGAAUCAUGUACUUAAACCUGACUAUGUAACAUUUUUUUUUGUUAUACAACCGGGUGUCCGAAAUUAUUGUACAGUAGUCAAUCAUGUUGCUAUAUUCUAUAUUUUAUUUUUGCAUUUUCGUUUUCUUUUUUUUUAAAUAAGUGUUUGUGUGUUCAAAAUUUUAGUCGAUUAUGCUCAAAAUUAGGGAUCCUUCAUUGUUUUACGUAGAUGGGUGAGGCGCACUGUUUAUUAUGUAAGUCCUUAUGCACUUUGACCUUGGUUAAACUAAGCUGUAAGGUGGAAUGUACAAAGCCAGCAUAUCAACACGUUUUUAAUCGCUGUCCACUGAGCUACUGUCGUCAAAGUGUGAGCCAGUGACACGGAACAGUGCGCCGCCCGCUGUAUAGCUAGUGUCGACUGUAAGUUAGCAACCCUGCAUAGAACCCUGCCUACUGCCAGCCCGUCUCUCUAUAUUUACUUCGUUUACUUCAGUCGAAUCUCGCAGGCCGCGCACCCCGAUCACAUACAGUAAACCCCACACGUUGCUAACUUACACACACUCGAGUAGUAUAUAACAAAAUGUAAAUAAACGUUUUAUAGUAAAAUAGUAACAUAUCGUGAAAUUUUUUAUAAAUAAAUGAUAUAGCAUGUGCCAAUCGAAAUUCAUUGAAAAUGAAUGUUGUUUCAGUUUAUUUGGCAUGGGAUAAUAAAUAGUUCGUUGAGAGUUGAUAGUUUAUUUUGUUGAUAACCUUACGUACGAUGGCGGUUGUGAUGGUUAUAUUGUGUUUGCGACCGCACGAGGGGAGUUUCAUGUAAAUAUUUGUUUUAAUACAAUAAAGUUGACUAAAAAAUG